AUGCAUUCCUCAGUUAUUCUGACCGCAGUACUUGCAUCAACAGUAUUAGGUCAAUAUUUCAAUGAAACAACUACCAGUCAAACGAAUUUCUUAUCUUCUAGCUCCAUUUAUGAGAAAAUUUCAUCGAGUGGCUCAUCAAGAAGUGUUAUGGCCUCCUCAAAUACCAUUGAAUAUCCACAAUCCAUAGAAAUUACAAGUAUUGAAACUUCAAGCGGUCCUUUGAGUACUUCCGCAAGUGUCUCAACAUAUUUUCAAAAUACCCAGUCAGCUUCCACAGCAUCAGACAGUUCAAUUAUCUCAGUAACAGCUGCUUCAACUUCCUCCACCUUAUUUACCACGUUGAGACCUUCUUCGCAUAGCAAUUCCUUUGAUGCGACCUUUAUGACGAGUGAGGAAUAUUCGCCAGCUCAAACUUCGCAAGAUUCUACUUCAAUAUUAUCUAAUUCGAUGUCUCAAGAAGGUACAUCAACGUUAGGAGCUUCCUUUGGCGGUGCACCAACUACGAUAGAUCCUCAAUAUUAUUCCACGGCUAGCGCUUCUGUUUCUUCAAGUGACGCUUCUCUAGACAAUGAAGAAAUCGCUUCCGCAACGAACUCCACAGAAUCGAACUUCGCUACCAGCAUUGUAUCUGAGGUUUCAGGAACUUUAUCAUCCUACUCAAAAGAGUCCCACAUCUCUAUAGAAAGUACCGUUCCUUCCAAUGUUAUACAAUCAAGUGAUAACUCUGUACUAUUAUCAGCCGUCACCAGUGAGGCUCUUACAUCUCAAAUUAGUGAUAUAUCUCUUUCCACCACUGGCAGAAGUGAUUUACUCAAUACAACAGGUGUUGGCACUUCAACGACUGUUGCAUCUGUCACCGUAUCUUCCUCUACCCUCCUAGCAUCAGCAACGUCUUCAAUGUUACAAGAAGUUUUAACUAGUCGACAAUAUUCUUCAGGUAACACUGCCGUUCAAGAUAAUUCCACAAUUUCUUCCAUUGAUCUUUCGAUUUCAUCAGUAUCCACCUCCCCUGAAGCAACUGCCUCUUCUGCAGUGCUUGAAACUACGGCUUUCAAUACUAGUGCUAACACAACCAUUCUAGCAGCUUCUACUACAAACUCUGUCAUGGGCUACUCAUCAGGGUCAGUCAGUAGCGGGGAAAUAAACGAAUUAACAUUUUUAGCAACAACAACAUCUUCAUCAUCAUCAUAUGCCAGCGCCGCAACAAGGGAUAUGAACUCUUCUAUUCCCUUAUCUAGCGAUAUUAUUACCUCUACUAUUUCCUCCCCAUGGUUUUCUCCUUCAAUUCCAUCUACCGCUAUCAAUAGUUCCUCGAGUAUUACUAGCGAAACUACUACAGUUAUCACAUCAACUUUUUCCACUUCAGGUACUGAAAUAUUUACUACAUAUACCGCGGCACUAGCAACCAAAACUACUACAAUUGAAGGUGUUGUAACCGAGUAUGUUACCUGGUGCCCAUUGAAGGCAUCUUCGACUACAACUUCAACUGAUGACUCAAUCUCUUUUACUGCUGUUACAAGCCCUUCCAUUCAAUCCAGUUCACAAAGUACUGAGUAUUCAGCUUUAGAAUCUUACGCACAAAAUAUGAUUUCUUCCACCAUCUCUGAUUUAUCUAGUAAUAUUACUAUGACUAGUGGUCCCUUACUAUCUAUCAGCACAUCUGCUUCUCACUCUAUGGAGGCUGCAUCACUCCAUGAUGUUUCGUCUAUCUCUAGCUCGACAGUGACCUCGACCUCUUCUAGUUUUUUAUAUUCUAGUAGUGCAGUUGCCGCAACGUCUCUUUCACAAAGCCACAAGAAGUUGUCUGAAGCUUCAACUUUAUCAACAGUUACUACAACCAUCAAUGAUGUUGUUACAACUUAUACUACUUGGUGUCCAUAUGAAACUGGUUCUCAGCUGGUUACUACGAGUUACGAAACAAUCACAGUCUCAACAGAAGUUUGUUCUUCGGACAAAUGUGAAAUGUCAACUUAUACUACUGUGGUAACCGAUCAAACUGCCUCUCAAACAUCUUCUAUUGAAAUUGCAGGCCAAUUUUCUGAUAUCUCCACCGAAAUUACUUCCUUUAGAGGUUUGAGCUCUAACAAACCUUCCCAAACUACUGUUGAACAAAUAGCUACAAUUACAAACCCAUCAAUUAUUACAAGCUCCACUUCUCUUUCCGACAGCUCCCUCUACACUUAUGAAACCUAUUCUCUAUCUACCUACACGACUACCAUUAAUGGUGUUGUUACAACUUACAUAUCUAGCUGUCCAUAUACCGCCACAGAGGUGGCUACGGAAACAAAUACUAAGACAGUCACUAAAUCCACCGAAGUUUGUUCAAAUGACAAUUGUACACUUUCUAACACUGUCUCUAGUAUUUUUAGUCUAGAAUCUUUUAUAUCCGUACUUUCAGCUGAAACCUCAUCUUAUGUUGCACCUCUUGGUAGCUCGAUUCCAGAAACUGUUGCCUUAAGUCCUACUUCCCCUGUACAUUCCGCUUCCUCACAUAUUCAGUCAGCUUCUUCAUCUGCUAAUAUCAUGUCUACUGCCAUUGCUACAACUGAAAGUACUGUAUCGGCUGCAACAUUAAGUUCACCUGUGUCCUUUUUACCCUCUGAGAAAUCACACAUAGACAUUUUAUCAACUUUCGUCAGUUUAUCAAAUUCAGUAGGAAAAUCUGAAAGCAAUAGCUUAACAAUAGUUGUUGCACCGCAAUCUACAUCUUCUCUAGUCACCACUACUGUGAAUGGUAUUAAAACAGUAUAUACCACAUGGUGUCCACUUGAAACUACGGAAGAGGUGACCAAAAUAAAUGACAGAACUGUUAUUAUCUCUACUGAAGUUUGCUCUGAUCAUGUUUGCACCCCAACAUUAAUUACUUCCACCACAACUGAUUUCACACCAAAUACAGAGUCUGUGAGCUCUAGUACUUCUUUUAUAAAGUGCUCUGGCAGCGAAUGUACUACAGUAGGGUUAAGUUCCUAUUCUGCUGAAGAUACUACAAUGUUAUCUCAUUCUGAAGCUAUCACAGUCAUUAGUACUAGCUCAACACCUACGCCAGCUAGUAGUAUUAUCCCAGCUUCUACCUCAUCCGGCGAGGUUACCUCUAGUUCUACACCAUCUAGUACCACUGCCUUCACUUCCCUAACAGCUGAUCUUACCAGUUCUGUUUCUAUAACGGGCAGUGUCUCUACUUCUAGAAUAACAUCUAUCGUCCCUCUCCUAACUUCUAGUACAUCGACAACGGAAGAAGCCGAAUCUAUCUCACCUUCUACUACAUCUGUCUCAUCUAUUUCUACAGUAUCUAUCACAUCUUCAUCGCUACAUCUUUCCACCGUCACUACAACCGUAAAUGGUGUUUUUACUGAGUACACAACUUGGUGUCCAUUGACAGCCGCUGAAAAAACUUCCAGUGUUGAUUCUCCCUCGCAACUUUCUACAGUUACCACCACUAUAAAUGGUAUAGUUACUGAGUACACAACAUGGUGCCCAUAUGCAGCUACGAAAGAAAGCUUUACAACAACAUCUACAAAUAUUGCUAAAUUAAUCUCUGAUUCUCUAUCGGCAAGCACAAGCAACAAUAUAUUAUCUACCGAAUCAACAAUGUCUGAAAGCUUGCAAUUAUUAGUUGACACAACAGCACAUGACUCACCUGCUACAACAAUUACUAAAACAUGCACCGAAUCAGAAUGUUUGCCUGAAAGUUCUACAGGUCAUGUUAUUAUUACUACUUCUGAAAUCGCCACUGCAGAAACCUCUUUAUUUAGUACAACCACAUCAGAAUCUUCUUUUACACCAACUGUGGAUACGGCUAUAGCUAGGCAAACAUCGUUCAUUACAACAUCCUCUGCAGGCAAUCUAGCCAUUCCAUCAUCUACCCUGGGAAGUGCUUCUAUUAGUUCCGAAGACUUUAUAACUAAUACUCAUUUGAAAGAAUCAACUAGCUUUGUGUCUUCAGAACCAACUUCGAAACAGAGUACUAAAUCAGAAGCAGUACACACAACUGUUCAAACAAUAAAGUCCACUGUGUCGUUCACCACCAUUGCAGCUGUCACGGUAACUACUUCCAACAGUAAUGGCAACUUGGUUACAAUUACGAGUUCUAGUAAGAAAGUUCUACCAACCGUAAGUACUGUCGUCAUUUUAACGGAAAUUCCUAUCGAAUCUACUUCAGUUGCUUCUACCGUUACUUCAACUACCGCGACAACGUCUAAAACAUCUUUAAUAGAAAUCGCAUCAUCAACUGAUACCAACAGUGGUGUAAAGUCCAGUAGUCGCACAAGUACCAAGACAAUUUCUGCUUCGAAAGCUGCAUCCUCCACCUGGGUAACAUCCGCAGUCAUAACAACAUUUGCCGGUAAGGCAUCAAAGACAUCGAUUAACAGUAUUUUUUUAAGUAUUCUAAUGAUGUUUUUCCUAUAA